AUGGCUGCAACGGUGCAAACAAACCCAGUGCGUCACAAUUAUGAGAGUUCCACUCUUCCCGUAUACCACCAGGUCCCAGAGACCAAGUACGAACUUGAGUGGGCAGACUUAGUUACACUUGAUCUUUCAAAGUUUGACCAGCCGGGUGGCAAAGAAGCUCUCGCAAAACAGCUCUUUGAUGCCAUUCAAACCAUUGGAUUCUUCUACAUUGUCAAUUUUGGUUUGAGUCAAGGAGACGUCGAUCGCCAAUUCGCGAUAGGAAAGUCUGUCUUCGAACUACCCACCGAAGAAAAGCUCAAGUAUCGUGCCGACCUAGAAAACGGCGGUUAUAAUGGGUACAAACCGCUUGGCCUAAGAGUGAGUGUUCGAAUCGUUGUUAUGGAAAUGGUUCUCGUCAUCUUCCUCAUGCUGAAUCUCGUGAUCCAGGAAAUCCGGCCCGGAGUCUUUGACAACACCGAGAUCUUCAACAUCCCAAAGUUCAUCCCUGCCUACGAGCGCCCACAACCCGAGGUGAUCGAAAAAAACAGAGCAGAAAUUGAACAUUUUGCACGUCAUAUUCACAACGAAAUUGUGAACCGGCUACUUACGCUGUUUGCAAUCAUACUGGAGCUACCCGAAGACCACUUCGCUGCCCGCCAUCGUUAUGAUGAGGCAUUGUCGGACUGUCACUUGAGAUACAUGAAGUACCACGCGCGAGAUGUGAAGACCAACGAAAGACUGGAAAACGUUUGGGUCAAAGGCCACACUGACUUUGGGAGUCUUACUUUGCUGUUCAGGCAGCCUGUUGCAGCUCUCCAGGUGCGAGGCAAAGAUGGCAACUGGAAGUGGGUCAAACCAUACAACGGUAGCAUCACUGUGAACGUGGCCGACGCGCUAGAGUUUCUGAGUAAUGGGUUCCUGAAAAGCAGCAUUCAUCGCGUCGUCGCCCCACCCCCAGACCAGGCGGGGAUCGAUCGUCUAGGUGUACUGUACUUCGUACGGCCUGAAGAUAGUCUCGAGCUCAGACCGGUUCAAAGCAAGGUUCUCCAAAGGCUGGGCUACAAUUCUAAUGAGAAUGCGGCUGUGGCUGGAAUCACAGCUGGUGAAUGGGUGAAGGCUCGCGUCAGGGCGGGCGUAAAUCGUAGCCAAGCAAGAAGCAAGGUCUCCGAACAGGAAAUUGUGAAAGGGGUGAAGGCCAAGUAUUACGACUGA